AAGAACGAACGAUAACGAAACAAAAAUUUCUCGUAGAUGCGUGUGUAGAAUAGAACUACUUUUCUGAAUAAUUUUGUGUGAAAGAAAGUUAUUACUUGUUCAAGUUUCAGUAUAUUGAUACUAAAAGAUUGAAUAACACACACUCAAAGUUUUCUUUAUUUUCCGUCAAAUACAACAGAAUUCAUUUAAAGAAAGAUCUGCGUCUAUCGCAAAUAUGGCCGUCCUGUAAUGAUUUGGUGGUCAGUGAUAUUAUAGUUAUUUCGUCUCAUUUGUAAUAUCAAAAUGGAGCUGCGUGUCGGUAAUAAAUACCGACUGGGUCGUAAAAUUGGCUCUGGAUCCUUCGGGGAUAUUUAUUUAGGAACCAACAUUGUGACAAGGGAGGAGGUUGCAAUCAAACUAGAAUGUAUAAAAACAAGACAUCCACAGUUACACAUAGAGAGUAAAUUUUACAAAUUAAUGCAAGGAGGAGUUGGUAUCCCUGCAAUAAAAUGGUGUGGCUCAGAAGGCGACUACAAUGUGUUAGUGAUGGAGUUGUUAGGUCCUUCUCUAGAGGACCUCUUCAAUUUCUGUUCUCGCCGUUUCUCUCUCAAGACUGUUCUCCUACUAGCAGAUCAACUUAUCACCCGCAUCGAAGACAUACAUUACAGGAAUUUCAUUCAUAGAGAUAUAAAGCCUGAUAAUUUUCUCAUGGGAUUAGGUAAAAAAGGAAAUUUAGUGUACAUAAUAGAUUUUGGUUUAGCAAAGAAGUACAAAGAUCCCCGGACCCAGCAGCAUAUACCAUACAGAGAAAACAAAAACUUAACAGGCACGGCGCGAUACGCGUCCAUCAACACGCACCUUGGCAUCGAGCAGUCGCGUCGCGACGACCUGGAGUCACUGGGCUACGUGCUGAUGUACUUCAACCGCGGCAGCCUGCCCUGGCAGGGGCUCAAAGCUGCCACCAAACGACAGAAAUACGAAAGAAUAUCCGAGAAGAAAUUGUCCACGCCGUUUGAUGAAUUAUGUAAAAACCAUCCGAUCGAGUUCCAAUUAUACUUGAAGUACUGCCGGCGACUGCGCUUCGAGGAGCGGCCCGACUACAGUCACCUGCGUCAGCUGUUCCGCACUCUCUUCCAUCGGCAAGGGUUCACAUACGACUACGUCUUCGACUGGAAUAUGCUCAAAUUUGGUCCACGGGGCAACUACCUGCCCGGCGGCAACGACCGCACGCUCAGGCGCCACGACCAGAACCAGGAGCCCGACACCACUGCGGGCGCGGCGGGGCAGCCCAGCACGACGGUGGCGGCCAUCUCCGAGUGGCGGUGAGUCCCAUCGCCGGCGCCGCAGAGAUAGCCCCCGCCGGGCCCGCGGCGCGCCCCGCCCCCGCGCCGCCCGCGCCCCCGCGCCACCCGCGCCCCCCGCGCCACGCCCUACCAGCCCCCCCCACGCCACAAGCCAAAUAUACCACCUCGUAAGUGCUAAACUUAAUCGAAAACAAAUUUUGUACGCAUUCAAAUUGAAACUAUCCAUAUAUUGUAAAUUAUUUAAUUUUAGACUUAACGAGUGAGGGCUGAACUGUGUCGUUUAUAAAUGUGACUCAUUUAAGCAUAGCUAGUAAUUAGGCCUAUUGCAUCUAUUGUACUUUACGCUCAGUUAUAUUUAGAUGUUAAGGUACGAGAGCGGUGGUUGGCUGAGACCGGUAAUGCGAUAUCGGUCUCGCCGAUUGGCUUAGGUGUAGUAGAUGUUAACAAAGAUUUAAAUACAUAGAUAGGUCAUUACGAACACGUAUGGUUGUUACUACUAUAAUAAAAUGUAAUAAUUGCCACAAUGUUUUUUAUGUCAUGAGUAUAAAAUUUCCUUUCUUUCGAAUAAAAUACAUCGAACAUUAUCGUGUUUUACAUCUUAAUUUGAUUUCUCAUUGAGUUUAUGCUUUCGUGUAAGUUAUAUUUUUAAUUAAUUUCUUUUCUUUUUAUUUUCCUGUAAACAGUAAUGACAAAAAUCAGAUAUUUAUAAAUGUUUGAGCAUUUCGACAUUUGACAAGUGAAAAUUGCCAAAUCAUCUUAUGUGACAGCAACAAGUCAUUCAUUCAUUUGUAAGUCAUUCACUCGCAUGGACGUGGCAGGACGUAGCGGCCUAUGUAUGCAUUAAAAUCUUUGUGUAUAAUGCAUUUAUCUGAUUCGCAUCGGAUUGUGUUAUGGCAAUAUAUUUACACCAAGAGUGUUUUUCGAUAGUAAAUAAUCACUAAGGCCAAAAUGUUAUUACUUAGUUAUUCCAUCGAUUUAAAUGUUACGAUACGUUUUUUUGUGACUAAAAUGUGCAAUUUUAUAACUAACAAACAUUAAGUUCAUGAAGAAAAUACAAAUUAGUUCUUUUUUGUAAUUUUUGGUAUUAUGUUAAAAUUUGUCUUCCGUGUUUAUAAGCUGUAAACAUGUUUCUAAGGUAGCAAAGACAAAGUUUUAAUGUGGGAAACAUGUUCCGAUGCUGAAUUUCAUGUCUCGAUCACUGCCACAAAUUAAAUAGAUAAGUGUUUCUACACAAGCAUAAUAUAUCCAUUUUGUACACUUAUUAUAGUAAAGUUAUUGUGGAUAUGGCGAAUUUUUCGAUACUAUGAUAGAAAAAAUAUAAAAUUAAAGUUAAUAUUUGAAAUUAAUGUGCAUCAGUCAAUUUAUUUGUCGAGAUAAUUUAUACGAUAUUUUUGUUUGUCACACACUACCGUUUUGUGGGGAUAAACAUUCCUCUUAUACUUUUUUAUUUCGAAUCUUUUAACUGUGAUCUCAUAUUGUUUACCAAAAUCUUUGCCUUCAGUAUAACUACUGUAGUGUACUACAUCCUACUUGCAAGGCGAGGGUAUAAACAAGAUUGGAUUUUUUCUUUUUAAUUUGAAUAUUCUAAACUUGAAAGUAAUAUUUUUUUUUGUAAAUAUUAAUAUUAGAAUCUAAUUGUUGUAUACUUAUGUAAAAUCUAUCACAUGUUCGCAUCGAUGUGACCGUUAAUACAACGCCUAGGGUAAAGUUAGUUUAACUCAAAUUGGUGCGUGAUUUCGUGGUGACGUCAUCAGGUCCCACGCGCCAAUUUGAACUGAACUAUGUACAAUCCGAACCAUCCAUCUCAGAUAUGACUGAGAAUCGGGUUCAAUAAUCCUAUGUAAAUAAUAUUUUUUUUAGUGACUGCAGAGUUAAGCUAUACUGGAUAAAAUGAAAUUUUAAGAAUCAUAACUAUAAUUUUCUUUUUAUUUUAGUGACUUUUUUCCAUGCGUUCUUUAGAAACGUAUAUGAAAAUAAUUUAAUACUUUUUUUCUGUUCACAUAAACUCAUCAGUCAGUAUUUUAAAUUUUGUGAAAAACUAACAUAUCCAUGUAUUUUAUGUAUAAUUUCGAUUUAGAUUUUCUAUAGGCCGUGUAAAAUUAGAUUGUAUAUUUUAAUAUUUAAUUAAGCGACGAAUAAUGUCGGUGAAUCCAUUUUCAAAUGAGAACUGGUUUCAAAUGGCAAUAAUCUUCGUGAGUUUUGAACUACCGCCAUUAUCUGUCCAAGUGGUCGGGAUUCAGUUCAAACGGGAUUGAAGUUGAGUUAUCCUAGAUAAAUGCGGUCGUUAUAGCUUUUUUCUUUGUAUAAUAACCAAAAUAUGUUAUGAUAUUAUUUUACUAACUCGUGGGAUAUUUUAGGGCAAGUAUCGAGUAUGGGUUUGUGUAGAUAAGUGUUCGCCAGUGUAAGGAAAGAACAAGGACGCUUGUAACGGCUUCUACGGAGUCAGUGUCCGCUUUAACCGACGAAAGACUUUAUGAAUUUAAUUUUGUAUAUAAUAAUUGUAAGUUAUAUUAAGGCCGACACUGUUUUUUACAAUAUAUUAGAUAUAACAUAACUGUUUUAGUGCACGCCGCGUAUGCAAAGACGGCUGCAUUGUCCACGUGACGUCAUCGAGGUGACGGAUCGCGUUUGUCAUUGAACAUUGUCACUGGUUUUUGUGAAAAACAAAUAAAAAUAAAAAUUUUAUAUAUUACACUACUUUAAAUGAUAACAUUAGCAUUGAUUUGUAAAUAUAUACUUUAUUUCUACUAUUUUGCCAUUAUAUUAACAUAUAAAUUGAUACGCGAUCUGUUAUAUGGAAGUAAUGAUUAUAGAUUUAUCGAUUGUUUUGGCUAGUGGCAUCUUUGCAUAUGCGUCGUGGUAGUAUAGUCAUGAUUUGGCUAUUUUAACGCAUAUUAUAAUUUGAUUGGCUCUGUUUUUGUGUAGCCUAUAUGUACAGACGCCGAUAUCGUUAUCCGGAGACGGAGGGAGGGAACGAAUCGUUUAGUUGUAGGAUGUAUGGAGAAUAGAGAUACAGCUACUAUCGGAUCUAUAAAUACUUGUAUUUAAGGUGCGGGAUGAGGAGGCGACAGUUCCCUCCAUAUUUGAAGUUAUCCUAUUAAUGUGACAUAGUACCGAUGUUUGUUUACGUGAAUGUGUUCGUUGUACAACUGUCCCGUGCUGGCAAUUAUAGCUCUUAGCAUAUAAUUAUGCUUCUAUUAUAUAAAUUGUUAAUGCUUGCAUUGUUUUCUAUGUCCAGUAUGUAUUAAUUCCUUUGGCACAAUAAACCAGGUAAAAUGAAA